AUACCCAACUCUCACACAUUCUCACACUUUAGUUUUCCCCAAAUAAACCAAACUUCAAAGAGAGAGAGAGAGACAGAGAGAAAGUUUUGUGAAUUCAACCAAAGAGUUAGUUAAUGGGAUUCGGCUUAGAGAGCAUCAAGUCAAUCUCCGGCGGGUGGGGCGCGGCGGCGCGUUCCUGUGACGCUUGUAAGUCAGUUACCGCCGCCGUGUUCUGCCGUGUUGACUCUGCUUUCUUAUGCAUAACAUGCGACACAAGGAUCCACUCCUUCACCCGCCACGAGCGCGUGUGGGUUUGUGAAGUCUGUGAACAAGCUCCCGCCGCCGUCACUUGCAAAGCCGACGCCGCCGCUCUCUGCGUCACCUGUGAUUCCGAUAUCCACUCAGCUAACCCGCUCGCUAGCCGUCACGAGCGUGUCCCUGUCGAGUCUUUCUUCGACUCAGCCGAAACCGCCGUCGCUAAAAUCUCUGCUUCCUCCACUUUUGGUAUCCUCGGCUCAUCAGCCACCGUGGACUUAACCGCUGUUCCGGUCAUGGCUGAUGAUCUCGGUUUAUGUCCGUGGCUGCUUCCUAACGACUUCAACGAACCGGCUAAGAUCGAAAUCGGAACUGAGAACAUGAAAAGUUCCGACUUUAUGUUUUCCGAUUUCGACCGUCUCAUUGAUUUCGAGUUCCCGAACUCGUUGAGUCAUCAUCAUCAACCGUCCGGGGGAGAUAGUCUUGUUCCUGUUCAGACCAAAACAGAGCCGCUUCCGUUAACUAACAAUGAUCAUUGCUUCGAUAUAGAUUUCUGCAGAUCAAAGCUCUCUGCUUUCACUUACUCAACUCAAUCAUUGAGCCAUAGUGUUUCGACUUCGUCACUCGAAUACGGUGUAGUCCCUGACGGAAACACCAACAACUGUGUUCCUGAGAUCCCGAUUCCGUUUAACCGGAGCGGGAUCACUAGCUCGACGGCGGCGACUACUGGUGGUGAUCAAACGAACUCUAUGGAUAGGGAAGCUAGGGUUUUGAGGUACAGAGAGAAGAGAAAGAACAGGAAAUUCGAGAAGACGAUUCGUUACGCUUCGAGGAAAGCUUAUGCAGAGUCACGGCCAAGGAUCAAAGGCCGAUUCGCGAAAAGAACUGAGACGGAAAACGACGACGUUUUCCUAAGUCAUGUUUAUGCUUCAGCCGCCCAGUACGGUGUCGUACCAACGUUCUGAUCCAAGUCUACGGUGGAAUCAAACGAAUCAACCUGAAAAACUCCCAUCUUCCACCGUUUGAUCACCCUGGGUGUAUAAUAAGUAUAGUGAGUCUUACCGUAGACAAGCAAUCUUAUCUCCUCUUUACCCGUUUACCUUUUUUACGCGCUAUCUCACUGCCACUUUAAGGCUGUAACUUUUUUUUUUCUUUCUAUAUAUAUAAUGUAUGCUUAUUUUUUCUUCAAAAAAUCAUAUAAUUUGGUAAUUAUAAUUUCUAAUGGCUGAUGUU